GAAUACUUUGACGAUAACUAGUGGCCCUGGCUGGUACCCCUGUGCUAAACCAUGCUUCGAUUUUGACAGGUGUUGGGGGCCCUGAGUACUGCCAGUACCACCUUGUGCUGGGUUUUGUGUAUAUAUGUGGUGUUUGCUGCCCCUUUGCUUCGUCCCUAUGGGCUAACCCGAGCUACACCAUAUGCAGACGAUGCGGGUCUCUAUGUCCCGGUGUCCCAGGUGUGCAGCGCUCCGCCCCCGGGGCUGGAAUGCGGAAGCGGCGGCCGGGAGGAGAAGGAGGAGCCCGGGGGAGACCGUACUGGGAGACACCCGGAGAGACAGCCCGGGACACGGGGGACAACUAAGAGAGAUCACCAUGUCCCCCGCUGUAUGAACCAUGUCAACUGAAACCGCCCUCCCCACGGAUACUGACCCCUUGCCCCCUGUGUCAGGCUCGGGCACCGCGGAGCUAAAGAAAAAGAAAAAGCGCAAGGCGGGCACCCUCCGGCGGGCACUCAGCUGGCUCAGAGGGCGCAGGAAGAAGAAACCAGAGACCAAGCAGGAGGGUGAAGAUCACUCCAAAGUUGAUGGAGGCCACCAGCCUGCCCAACCACCAGAAGAAGAACCUCCUGACAAUGUGUUCUUUCCAAGCGGACGUUCUCACUUUCUGGAGGAGAUCCAUAGUCAGGCACAGGAAGGCCUCAAAUCUCUGCAGAGGAGAGAGAAGCAGCAGACCAAGCUUCCCCUUGAAGAGAUCAGUAAUCUUCAGGAUCCACCGGAAACCAUUAAUAAUGGCUUCCGAGUUCGCUCGCUCUCCUGCAGUGCAGAGAACGCGGAUGAUGAGAUGUCUGUGCGAUCAGAAAUGAUACAGCGUAAAGGUUCCACAUUUAGGCCAAUUGAUGCUUCCAGAAGCCCCUCAGGGAAGUCAGGAAGAAAGCGCAAGGAGAAGCGAGCAACAGUGAUGGGGGUCCCACAUCACAUUGCUGCUGAACUCGGCCUCAAGUCUUCCAAGGCAUUUGCACACCGCGGUAUCAAUGACAUUUUUCCCAGAGGAGGAGGGCAGCUGGCAGAGAAGAUACCUGCUUCAGCAGCAAUUAAUGGGGAAGCAGAGAGUGACUAUGUAGUGAUUCCUACAGUAGAUGGACACCCGUCUUCUGCCCCUCACAAUGGAGCUCAUGUUUCCCUAGCUGUAUUGGAACACACUGAGGCAACUUUACAAAGACACAUAGACCGGUUAUACCAGGAUGACAGCUGUAUUGGCAAGAAGUCUGGUUACAAGAUGUCUCCUCUACUCUUGCGACCGAAGUCUUUGGCAGUCCCUGGAAUGACUACCCAUUCUCCUCAGAGUGAACCUAUGAGUCCUGUCAUGUCUAUGUCACCUCAAGCACCAUACAUGUCCAAGAUUAUUCCAAAUGCUGUAUUACCCCCCAUGGUAGAUGUUGUUGCAUUGAGCCGCUCCAGUGUCCGUACCCUAAGCCGUUGUAGCCUAGCAUCAGCCAGCCCAGCCUCAGUGCGUGGCUCGCUUCACAGGGGAAGGGGCCAGUCUUUUUCAAGUGAGACAUGGAGUCGUUCCGAUUCCACAGAAACUAUUGUAUCAGAUUCUUCUACUAUCUCUUCACAAGGUGGGAGAAAGAAGCAUGAAAUAGGCCAGAUGCAAGAAGCUGGAUUGAGUUCAGGAAGGGCUUCUCCGGCACUGAGCACAGGUACCCAGGAUGGGUCAGAUGCUGCAAGUCUGUGUAGCACGCGUUCUUCCACUCGUAGUGUCUCUCUUCGCAAAAGCAAAAGAGCACCACCUCCCCCCAAACGUACCUACUCUUUGCAUCAGCAGAGAGAAAUGGGAUUACCUCCUAGACCUGAGAGGAAGCCUGCUUCUAAAGUCAGUAAUGCUAGGGAUCCUUGGGUUCCACGGGAGGCAGGAGACAAUGAGGUGUUUCCCCCAACUUUGUCAGGACCAAAACUAAGCUCCCCUAGUCGGUCAGACCGGACAAUGUCUCCUUCCAGUGGCUAUUCCAGCCAGAGUGGGACACCCACUCUGCCCACCAAAAAUCUGAUUGAUUACCCAGACUCUCCAGGCUCUCGCAGGAAAACACCUCCAAAACCAGAAAGGUCCAGCUUGGUAAAGUCUUCAGAAGCUCCGUCCAUCAGUUUAUUGCCCUCUGCUGACUCUUUAUCUCCCCAUCUUGUUAGCCCUGCAAGAGCUGGUUCCUCCAUUGGAAGCCAGUUUGAACAAAUUCAAGUCCCUCCACAUCCGAAUGUGCCUGCCCCAUCUUGCCCCCCUCCUAUUAGCAAAGCCAAGGACCAUACAGGAAUGUCUAGCACAACUCCACCACCAUCCCAUCAUCCCACACCCCCACCCUCCAGAAAAUCUGAAUCAGAUGCAGAAAAUUCUCAUUCCACUUUGGAGGUGGUUGAAACCAGAGAAUCUCUUUGGCCUCCUCCUCCCCCAGAGGCCCCUGAUGUACAAGAUCUGUCCAUGGCUGAUUUCCCACCUCCUGAAGAGGAACUCCCCCCACCUCCAUCACUACAUUCGGACAAUCAUCUUGUUAAUCAAGCACCUCUACUGGCCACUGAUCAGCAUAAGCAGCUUGGGGAGAUGAGGUCUCAAAUAACUACUGAAGAUGAGAAGCAUAUUAACAUAGCUGCCAAAGGACCUGCCCUUGUAGCUGUACCUACUACCACAGAUCCUGGUCUUGGUUCUGUGCCAGCUACUGUGGUACCUCCACCAGCUCUCACACCUGAUUCUAUGGAAAAACAACAUAUUACUGUUCCUCCUGUGGUGGAACCCAUUCCUACUCCUGUUCCACCUGCUGCAGAACCAGUUCCUGCUUCUGUUCCUCUUCAUGUGGAACCAGUUCCUGCUUCUGUUCCUCUUGCUGUGGAACCAGUUCCUGCCUCUGUUUCUCCUCCUGUGGAACCAGUUCAUUCUCCUGUUCCUCCGUCUGUGAUAUCCCUUCCUCUACCUCGUGUUGAGGAACCCCUUCCUGCUCCUGUUGUGGAACCUACUACUUCUGUGCAAUCUGUCAUGGAAGAACCACCUAUUAUUGUGCCUCAUGUUAAAGAAUCCCUGUCUGGUGUAAUUUCUUCCAAAGAACUCCCACCUACUUAUGAUCUGCCUCCUGCAACAGAACACCAAUCAGAUCUUGUUUCUCACCUUGGUCCUGCUAAUCAGUCUAUAACAUACAAAACACAUUUUGUUAAUUCAGCUUGUUUAACCACUACUGUAGAUACAUCUGAAACUACUGUACCGAAUAAAGUUUCCACCAUAGUACCAUCUUCAUCUGAGGCAUCAUUAAAAUCUUCUGUGCCUCCACCAAGUCCUGUGUUAUCUGGGGCUACAUCUCCAAUAAAGCAUCAGACACCAAGUGCCUGGAAGCCAGCAUCUGCCCCUGGGGUGGGUAUCAGAAAGGUGUCAGCACCAAGUCAAAGUGUUCCAUCUGCUCCUAAAGAGGAUGUAAGCUUACCAAUAGUCACACCGUCCUUGCUACAGAUGGUACGUCUCCGUUCUGUACAGGUUAGGGGUCCACAGGGGCACAUUAUACAUCCUGGACUGCCUGCUCCACAAAAACCUGUGCGCAAAUCUUUAUCCCUCAGAUCACCCCCAGGAUCUGAUGCCUUAAAGGAGGAAGGUACCAUGGGACCCACACAGUCCUCCUCACAAAAGAUUCCAGAGCCGGGUCAUUCACCCUCUGCAUUUAGGUCGCCAGCAUCUUCUGCAAGCUUUGUGUUUUCUCGUGGAACCCGAAAAUUUGUAUUUGAGCCACCCUCCUCACCGGAGUCUGAAGCAUCAUUGAAGAGGGAGCUGGUGACAGAGUUAAAAUCACAUGUAGGCUCCCAUAGUCCUGAUGGCAAACCCCCAUUACAGAAGAAGCCAAGUAAGAUACCUCCUCCUGUGGCUAGAAAACCUUCACUGGGACACCCUCGAACCCCUACUACACCCACAUCAGGCAGUAAUGACAGCAUGAGUGCGCCUUUCAAUGCUGUUACAACUUCAUCGAAUGGGAUUAAUGUAGCUGCGACACUGGCAGGCCAAGAGCAGCAGCAUCAUACUCCUUUAGAGCAAGCCUGAGUCCUUUCUUGGGGUUUGCCGUCUCAGGGACUUCUCUGAAGAGCUGUGAAGGAGCCCCCCUUAUACUACUGGAAUCACAAGAUAAGCCUUAACCGUGUCUAGCCUUUUUAUUUAUACGCCAAGUGGUGUUGGUUUUCACUUUUAAUCUGCGUUUAAGUUGUUUUUGCAAUUUUUGAUUGGACUGGAAUUGAUCCAUUUUAACCUGGACUUGGCCUGGUGUGCUUUCUGGUGAAAACCCCAGCAUUCUACCUACAAGAGUCUGAUAUACAGAAAUGUAAAUGUAAUUUCUUCUUAUUUUAGCAAUUUGACUGCUGAGGCACUACGCUAUCCAUGAUGCUGUACACCGAGUGGUUUCUACACUGCUCCAGGACCAGAAGUCAUGGAAUUUUACAAAUGCUGGUGAUAAGAUUUGUAUUCUGCGCAAGAAAUUGUUUUAAAUCCAUGCACUUUGCUACAAAAUGCUGUACUUUAUUUUUAUUUUUUUUCUAGCCUGUGGUCAUCAGUAAUUUAACCAUUUCAAUGCCAAUGGUUCCUGAAACCACUUGCUAUCAGCCUUCUGAGCACUGAAGGAGUUAAGGACAAUCAGUACUAGUGUGUUUUUGGGUAUCAUCACUCUUAUUUAAUUAGUAUUGUGGUUAUCAACAGACAAAAAAAGGAGACAUCUUCUUAAGCACAAAAGUCUCUACAUUCCAUUGUAUACAGGGAUGAAUUUUCUUAUGAUGUGCAAACCUGUUUAUUUUUCUACUUUUAUGUAUUGUUAAAGAAGCCCACAUUUUCUACAAGAUAAUUAUUAAUGUUGGAACCGUGAACAAACAAAUAAAAAGCACAAAAUUCCUUGCAAAAGUUUAAAAGGGAUACAAACGUCUGGUUGUACCAUGCCGUAUUGUUUAGGUAGUGCCAACCUUGAGAAAUGUCUGCUGAUUACACUACUGAAGCAAUCAACCAUCAGUCUAAGCAGAGUCAAUGGUUGCACUGGUGGUAUUAUUUCAAGAAUGUUAUUUCAUUUUUUUUAUUAUUGGAUACUACUUGUGAGAUCACAAGUGUUCAAAACUUUUGAUCUGUUGAUAACCGGUUAACCCUUUGGAGUCCGUGAUGGCUAACAAUGCUGUAUGUUAGACACUGUACAAUAUACAAUCUAAUCUGCAGCAACCCAGGGAAGGAAGGUUAAAUAUAUCAAAAUCAUGGACAUGGUCUUAAAAUUAUAUAUAUAUAUUCCACACCUACCUUCAAAAAUUAACCUGUGCACAAAUGAUAUUAACCUCAACCCUACUUCUUUGAUAUCCUAGGUUAGAAUCUAUACUAGAGGGUCUCUGAAAAUUCAUUGAAAAGUAAAUAACAAAAUAUAUACUAUAACAGCAUGUUGGGUAAUAAAAUCUGUUCCAAUCUUGCUUGUGUUUAAAGGGACUGUGUACUGUAAAAUUGGUUCCCCCUUUAAUGUGUUCCCAAUGAUUUGUUAUAGUAGCUGCAGAGUAUAAAACAUACAUGUAUUUAUCUUUGUUUAUCAAAUAGCUGCAUUUGCUGAUUGAAGCUUCAAUUCAUUGUUCUCAAGAACAUGCCCAUAUAAAUGGACUGAUCCUGUAUAAAUAGCAGACCUCCUAAUCUUAUCUAAUCUAUUCUUAUUAACCUUCUCUGUCUGAACACAAUGGCCAAUAUUUAGAGAGAGCAAUUGAAAAGGAAAAUGUUAAUACCCAUCUAUUCUAUCCCAACUGGGAAUUUGAUUACUGCCUUUUGUUUGAAUAGCCUUUCUAAAGAGAUUACUAAAGUAUUCAUAUAAUCAGUAUAGGUGUUGAUUUUAGCAGGCUGAAACUGGUAUUUUAAUUUAAAUAAUAAAGGUAAAUUAGUUAUUUAUGAACAAUUUCAUACACUCCAGCAUCUAAAACAGAUAAUUGGGAACACUUUAAAAUGAAUACAAAUUUACAGUACAGGCCUUUAAAGCUUGCUUUCCUGGGUUUGCCUGCUUUACAUUAGAUUGUGAAUAUGCUGCUUUCAGUCCCAGAAACUGAAGGUUAAAUGGGACACAUUAUUAAUAUAUAAGAUUAUUAGGGACCCAUAUGGUGCCACAGGGUUCUUUUGGGUACAAAGUGGCAAGACCCACCCCACAGCUGCAUCUGUAACUGCCUCUGUUUGCACAGUAUAUAAAUAAGUAUAUAUGGUGUGUUAUAUAUAGUUUUGCGCACAGAGUUCUUACAGGGUACAGUAAUCAGAAUAGAGACCAAACUGUGGUUCUGCUUUAGUAGAUGAUGUAUAUUUAUGCUAUGCUUUGAUCUGAGCUCUGUAUGAACCAAACAAUUCUUUUAUAAAAGCUGUUACCAAAAAAGUGCUGUCAUUUACUGUACAAAGUAUACUGGGAGACAUUCUGAUAAAUAGAUUGUUCUUUA